AUGGUGAUGGAGAUGGAGGCCGACAUGGACGGGGGGGUGCUCCAGCGCUUCGACGUCGACCUCCUCCUCGACGGCCACGGCCACGGCGACGCCCGGGGCAGCAGCGACAGCCCAUGUGGGAGCGCGAGCGCCGGCGCGCAGGACAACAAGGAGGCCGUCGGUGGCGCGGUGAAGGAGCGGAUCGCGCGGGCGCUGAGGAUCUACAAGGACGCGGCGGCGGGGCACGCCGAUGAUGGCGGCGCGCUUGUGCAGGUGUGGGCGCCGGCGCGGGACGGGGACCGGUGGGUGCUGGCCACCCGGGGCCAGCCGUUCGUGCUGCCGCCGCCGCGGUGCCACCGCCUGUUCCAGUACCGGACGGUGUCGCUCACGCACGCGUUCCCCGUCGGCGGCGCCGCCGUGCCCGGGGAGCGGGGCCUGCCGGGGCGGGUGUUCGACGCCGGGGAGCCCGAGUGGACCCCCAACGUGCAGUACUACGGCACCGGCGAGUACGCGCGCAUCAGCUACGCGCUCAUCUACGAUAUCCAGGCCGCGCUCGCGCUGCCCAUCCUUGACCCCGCCACGGGGUCCUGCCUCGCCGUGCUCGAGCUCGUCACCACCUCGCCCAGGCUCCACUUCGCCGCCGAGGUCGACAGGCUCUCUAAGGCGCUCCAGGCAGUGGCGUUGAGAGGCUCCGAGAUCUGCCACGGCCCUGCGCCCGAGGUCUGGAACGACGAUGAGGCGGCGGCUCAGGUGGCCAUGUCCGAGGUCGCAGACAUCUUGAGCAAAGUGAGCGAGGCUCACAAGCUGCCAUUAGCGCAGGCCUGGGCCAGGUGCAGACGCUGCAGCACCGGCACGGAGCACGCCUCCCUGACGGUGGCCGGCACGCCGUUCUACCUCGCCGCCGACGCAGACCCAACCCUCCUCGGCUUCCACGAGGCCUGCGUCGAGCACCACCUGCGUUCCGGCUGCGGCGGGCUCGUCGAGGAGGCGGCCGCGGCUCGCCGGCCCCGCUUCUGCGCCGACGUCACCAAGUACUCCAUGGACGCGUACCCGCUCGCGCACCACGCGCGGUUCUGCGGCCUGGCCGGCUGCCUCGCGGUGUGCGCGCAGCUCCGCCGCGGCGGCGGCGGCUGGGAUGAGUGCGUGCUGGAGUUCUUCCUCCCGCCGGACUGCAGGGACGGCGUGGCGCAGAAGGCGGCAGCGGACGCCGUCGCGGCCACCAUCAUGGAGCGGUUUGGCAAUGGCGAUCUGAAGGCGGUCGUGAUAAGCGGGUUGCAGGAUUUGGCUUUUGACAUCGUUGCAGAUGGCGAGUGCGUGCUUCGGCGGGAUUCAGAUGAGGAGGGUCUACAUCUGGUGGCAGUUAUGGGUACUGCAGACACUGAAGCACUCAAGAUGCACCAUGACGAACACCAUGGUGGCGAGGAUCCAAGAUCACAAGUUGGUAAGAAGACGACGAAAAGGAAAGGUGAAAAAACUGUCAGUUUGGAAGAACUGCAGCACUACUUCUCUGGAAGCCUGAAAGAUGCAGCCAAGAGUCUUGGUGUUUGUCCAACAACGAUGAAGCGCAUCUGCAGACAGCACGGCAUCUCCAGGUGGCCAUUCCGCAAGCUCGCCAAGGCGAACCGCUUCCUUGACAAGAUCAAGCGCGUCUUUGAGUCGGUGCAAGGCUCAUCACAGGCCAUGGCCGCUUCUGCUCCUGCUGUGGCUGCUGCGUCUCAGCAAGCUCCAGCUGUGGCUGCUGCUGCUCGCCGUGCUCCUGCCUUACCAUGCCUAUCAAGUGCUCUGAGAGUGGCCUCCUCCCAAGGCUCAUGCCAAGCGCCGCCGCCUCCUCUGAAGGAGGCCACAUGGCGCAAGCCUUUGCCCGGUGGAGAUGCCAGAGUGGUGACUGUCAAAGCGAGCUAUAGAGCGGACAUCAUCAGGUUCAGGGUGCCGAGCUCCGCAGGCGUCGCGACGGUGAAGGGGGAGGUGGCCAAGCGGCUGGGGCUGGAGGCCGGCGAGUUCGACGUCAAGUACCUGGACGAUGACAACGAGUGGGUGCUCUUGUCCUGCGACGCCGACUUCCAGGAGUGCCUCGAUGUCGUCCCGGCGUUGUCAGGCGCGUCAACAUCAUCUGGCUCCGGGACGGCUCAGCCGGUGGUCAGGCUGAUGGUGCAGGAGGUAGCUGAGGUCCAUGGAAGCUCCUGUGGCAGCUCAGAUUAG